GACUGCGUUUGGCGACCCGAUAUUGCAUCAUUGAGUUAUCAGGCCGCAGUACAUGUGAGACUAGCUGAGCUUAUUUGAUAUCAACGUCAAAAUUCACAGUUAAAUUAAUAACAUGCCUAAAAAAGCGAAAGAAGAAACAGAAUGGGUCGACACUGAUGUCGCUCCAGGGGCAGAAAAAACAGUUAAAAAAGGAAAGAAAGACAAAAAGGGGAAAAAGAGUUUUUUUGAAGAGCUCUCAACUGAAAGCAAACCUGAAAAGGUCGAUGAGGCUGCUGGGAAAGACAAUCAAACAAAACAGCCCCAGAAAAAAAAAGAACGACGGAAAGGAAAGGGAGUGGAUGUGGGUGAGAAAGAUGAUGAGGAUGUCAUGCUGACCUUGAAAAAUCUCUCAGUGCAAGGAAGUGAUGAGGAAGUUGAACCAGGCAUCACAGCCAGCAAAGGAAACAAGAAAACGACUGGAAACAUCUUUGCUGCUCUGAGCCAGAGUGAUGAUGAACCAGAUCUGGAUGAAGAUGAUGAUAAACCUGUAGUGAAGAAAGGAAAAACAAAAGCAGCUGAGCAACAACGGAACAUAGCUGAUAAUAAGGAUGACGAUGAGGAAGAUGAUGAAGGAAGUGACAGUAUGAUGCAGAGCGCUGAGGAUGUCAUUGCACAACAGGCCAAGGAGGCAGCAGAUGACCCGUUUGCUAACCUGAGUAAAAAGGAGAAGAAGAAAAAAAAAAAACAGAUGGAAUAUGAGCGUCAGGUGGCAAGUGUCCGAGCUCAAAACGCGUUGGAAGGAGAUUUCUCCGUAUCUCAGGCUGAACUGUCCUCCAGGCAGGCGAUGCUGGAGAAUGCCUCAGAUAUUAAGCUGGAGAAGUUCAGCAUAUCUGCUCAUGGCAAGGAGCUUUUUGUCAAUGCUGACCUUCUGAUUGUGGCAGGAAGAAGAUAUGGUUUAGUUGGACCAAAUGGCAAAGGAAAGACCACCUUACUAAAACACAUAGCAAACAGAGCUCUCAGUAUCCCCCCCAACAUUGACGUGUUGCUGUGUGAACAGGAGGUGAUAGCUGAUGACACCCCGGCAGUGCAAGCUGUGCUGAAAGCUGACACUCGCCGCCUGAAGCUCCUUGAGGAGGAGAAGAUGCUCCAGGCUCGUCUGGAGAAGGGAGAGGACAGCGUGGCCCAGAGGCUGGAGAAGGUGUAUGAAGAGCUGAGGGUGAUUGGAGCUGCAGCAGCGGAGGCCAAGGCCAGGCGGAUCCUGGCUGGUCUGUCAUUUACCCCUGAGAUGCAGAACAGAGCCACCAAGCGUUUCUCAGGAGGAUGGAGGAUGAGAGUUUCCCUUGCUAGAGCCCUGUUCAUGGAGCCUACCCUGCUGAUGCUGGAUGAGCCCACCAACCACCUGGACCUGAACGCUGUCAUCUGGCUGAACAACUACCUUCAAAGCUGGAAGAAGACUCUCCUCAUAGUGUCCCAUGACCAGAGUUUUCUCGACGAUGUGUGUACUGAUAUUAUCCACCUAGACAACCAAAAACUCUACUAUUAUAGAGGAAACUAUUUGACCUUCAAGAAAAUGUACGUGCAGAAGCAGAAGGAGCUGCAGAAGCAGUAUGACAAACAGGAGAAGAAACUCAAAGAGCUGAAGGCUGGAGGCAAGUCCACCAAGCAGGCUGAGAAGCAGACUAAGGACGCCCUGACAAGGAAGCAGCAAAAGGGCAAAAAGAAGGGACCUCAGGAGGAGGAGAGCCUGGAGGCCCCAGAGCUGCUCAAGAGGCCAAAGGAGUACACUGUGAAGUUCACCUUCCCAAACCCUCCUCCACUCUCUCCACCCAUCCUGGGCCUGCACAGUGUUGACUUUGGCUAUGAGGGUCAGAAGCCUCUCUUCAAAAACGUGGACUUUGGCAUUGACAUGGACUCCAGGAUCUGCAUUGUGGGGCCCAAUGGUGUUGGGAAGAGUACUCUGCUGCUGCUGCUCACAGGAAAAUUAAAUCCUAUUAAGGGUGAAAUGAGAAAGAAUCACCGCUUGAAAGUGGGCUUCUUUAAUCAGCAGUAUGCUGAUCAACUGAACAUGGAAGAGACGGCAACAGAGUAUCUUAUGAGAAACUUCAACCUGCCCUACCAGGAUAGCAGAAAGUGCUUGGGACGCUUUGGCCUUGAAAGUCAUGCACACACCAUUCAGAUCUCCAAACUCUCUGGCGGCCAGAAAGCCAGAGUUGUGUUUUCAGAGUUGGCUUGUCGUCAGCCAGAUGUGCUUAUCUUGGAUGAACCUACUAAUAAUUUGGACAUUGAGUCAAUAGACGCCUUGUCAGAGGCCAUCAAUGAAUACAAAGGAGCUGUGAUCAUUGUGAGCCAUGACGCGCGACUCAUCACGGAGACUCAGUGCCAGCUGUGGGUGGUGGAGGACUGCACCGUCAACCAGAUCGAGGGAGACUUUGACGACUACAAGAGGGAAGUGUUGGAGGCCCUUGGAGAAACCAUGGUCAAUAAGGUCAAUCCAUGAUCACUUCCAGAGGAGAGCCCGACUAUGGAUUGUUUACAAUCAUAUACAUCAGAACAUUUGGAAUAUCAGUCAUUCCUCCUGCUUCAUCUGAGCAGGAAGAUUAAAUAUCUUUAACUAUGAUCUGUCAAAACUUAAUAAAAGAAUCUUCCACUUGCA